AUGUCUAUCAGUAUUCCCCAAAUCCCAUUCAUAAAUAACCCAUCGGGGUAUUUCAAGCGGCGGGAUGAAAGGCAUGAUGGAAAUAAGCGUUUGACGCGUUUAAUAAAAGAUACUAGAUCCUAUGUAUUCGUCCCCUUAGAAGAUUCCUUUGAGAAGCAAAAUCAAUUAAAUCUUAUUCGAUUAGAAUCACAGGGUAUUUCUGGUGAUAUUGAAGCUUUAUGGUCUGAAGCACAUGAGCUCAGACAAAAUGAAAGAAGGGAGAUGAUUGAUCGUGGAUUUUUGGAUGAUGAAAAUUCUAGAAGAAGUUUAGACCAGGCAAUUUCGUUUAGGGGAACAUGUAUAGAUAUGUGUCCUGUUUUUGAAAGAAUUAAAAGAACCAGGCAAAAUAAUGUUAAUUCUCAUGAAAAAGAUCCGCAAUCAGGUGUAAUAUCAAGAGAAAGAGCUAUCAAGUCAUUUGCGCGGCCCGCUGCUGGUCAGGAGCCACCAUUGCCAUCUGAUGUUAGACCACCUUCUGUUCUUUUGAACACAUUAGACUUUAUGGUCGAUCAUCUACUUGAUAAGAUGCCAGAGACCCAAUCAUUCAUAUGGGACAGAACAAGAUCCAUUAGACAAGAUUUUACUUUCCAGAACUACUUUGGGCCUGAAACAAUUGAGUGUAAUGAGAAAAUUGCACGUAUACAUAUAAUGUCACUACAUAUCAUGGCCAACUCUACAAUCGACUACUCGCAACAACAAGAAUUGGAACAAUUGGAAAAGUCACUAAAGACAUUGGCUGAAAUGUAUGAUGAAUAUAGAAAAAAAGGUUUCCCGCAACCGCCUAAUGAAGCUGAAUUUAGAGCUUAUCAUUUGCUACUCAAGAUCAAUGACCCCGAUCUAGAAAGAAGCUGCGAAAAAUUACCAUCAAAAAUAUUCAAGAGUAACUUCAUUCAGAUUGCUCUACUUUUCAGAAGGCUCUUCACCUUCAGGCUGCUGCUGAAUAGUUCAAAUCUUUAUACAACUUUCUUUGACGUUGCUUUAAGCCCCAAAGUUCCGUUUUUAAUGGCUUGUUUACUAGAAGUGAAAUUCAAUGAUUUAAGAUUUAAAGCCUUACGAGCACUUCUUGCCUCUAACCAUUCAAAGAGUAAAAAUGUCACUCUCCUUCAUUUAUUUGAAGUUUUAAGGUUCCCGGAUUAUAAAGAGGUCAAAAAAUUUCUAGAGUUUCAUGGUUUGAAAUAUUUUGCAGACUCAAAGGGAAAUGAGUGUGUUGACAUGAGUACUGUACCAAAUCUUUAUAAUCGUAAUGGGAAGACAGAUGGAGCUCCAAAGGUUUUGAAAAGUGCUUAUGAUCCCAGAAUCAAUGUUAAAAUGGCUAAUAUGACAAGAAGUCAAGUUAUCAGUGAUGGUAGAAGAAAUAAUUUUAACAUUGAGUCCUCAAAUAUCAAGCAAUUUCCCAUUAGCGUGAACCAGAAUAUUGAAGCAAUCCCUAAGGCGAAUGGGUUUCUGUUCAGCAACGAAAAUCAAAAGCUGUCUAUGUUUUCAGGUGCCAACCGUGGCUUUUCAUUUGCAAAUCCGAUGUCUGACCUGAAUGAAAUUAAGCAGCAACAAAUUGAACAAUUAGAAAUACAGCGAAAACAAGAAAUUGAGAAGCAAAAACAGGCUCAAAAAUUGCAAGAGGAAAAGAUAAAGCAAGAGAAGAUGAAAAUCGAGUUCAAGAAGCAAGAGUUACUAAGGAAGCAAAAAGUUAGAGAAGAAGAGUUGCAAAGGAAAAAAGAGGAAGAAUUUAGAAAACAGCAAGAGAUUAAACGCCAACAGGAGGAAGCUAUAAGGCUUCAAGAAGAGCGGAUAAGAAGGGAGAAAGAGGAUGCUGCAAGGAGAAAGCGCGAAUUGGAGAUCCAACGCUUUAAGGAAGAAGAGAGGAGAUAUAAGGAGGCAUUAUUAGCGAGGAAGAAGGCUAAUGCUGCUAAAUUAUCCAAAGAUUUAUUUGAGUGCUUUUUAAAUGAAAUAGUUUAUGAGAAUGUAUUGGUAACUAUUGCUGAUAGAAAAUGGGAAAAACUGUUGAAGAAACAUUACUUGAAAAAGAUUGUUGCCAUGGCACGAAUCUGCAAAGAAAAUUAUGAUGAGAAGCAGCGAAAACUUGAUGAAUUUUACAGAACCCAAAGGCUGUUUGGUUUGACGCCUAAUAUUGCCCACAUCACGAAACGAAUUGGUAUAGUUAAUGAUGUCAAGAACAAUGGCACUCUUAUUUCUCCUACUGCAAACCAAUCAACAAUGAUUGAAGCUAUUAAGCAUCGUGUUGAUUCUGACGAGAAAGUGAAAAAUCUUUCCAAACAUCCAGACAAAGUGGAUAUUCUGUUUUCCAAGCCGGCCCAUGAAUUGACUAUCAUAUUGCCAGAAGAGGAAAAAUUGCGCAUGCGUCAAAAGGAACGAGAUGAUGCUAUCAAACUUUGGAGUCCUUUAAAUUUAUCCUCCUUUGUAAAGCUGUGCUCAAAAAAUGUAUUGUUAGAUGUAUUAGAUAAGAAAUUGGAUAUUUCAGUUUUGAUCUCUGUUCCUAGUUGGGAAAGUCCCUCUUCUAAGUGGUUGAAAUCAAAGUUUGGGUUAUCAAAAAAUAACAUAUUGAAGACUUAUGAAAGAACAGAGAAUAGCAGCAAAAUAACUGUCAGAUUUACCAGUUACCAUGAAUCAUGUUUAAAGAGUACUGCAUUUUUAAUAUUCGAAUGUGGAUUUAAUGAUAACCAUAAGGAUUAUUCUUCUGGGUCAAGUGCCAAAGAUAAACUAAUUUCUGAUGGGAAGCUCCUUCUCCAGUUUCUUGACCUAUUAGAUUCAAAGAGUAAUUUCAAGUUUCAGUUAAUGUUGUUAUUUUGGAAAGAUGAAAAUUUGAAAAUCACAGAAUUGGAUAUUUACAAGUUAUUGAAUAUUGACAAUUUGAAAUCUAGAUUUAAAGGAAAUCUUGUGGACUUGUUGUUCUGCCCAUUAGAUAUCAAAAGUGGCGAUUCAGUUGCCAUUGACAAACGAUUAUCCAAAGCUAUUCUCAGAAUGGCAAAGCAUUUUAAAGCAGCACUAACAGAAAGUGGAAAAAAUGCUAUAAAGUUGAAACCAGUGAUCAAACCAAAACGUAUUAGGAAUCCAUUGCCUACUAUAAAUGAUACUGAAAUAUCAAAUGUUGAUGAUACCAUUGCCAAGAGGAGCGUUGACUAUGAAACCUCUAUCGUGCAGCAGCAUCCAUAUUUCAAGAGAUAUCAGUUCUAUGACCAACCAUUUCUGAGGAAGCAAAAGUAUCUUUCGCCUAAUAAAACUACUAUCCUUGCACCUUUGGAAGUUUCGGCAAUUGAAGAAGGGGUCGAUGAUACCAAAAAGAGAAAUAUUACAAUCCAAGGGGGAAGUACAUUGAAGAGGCCAAAGGUUGGUGCUAAUAACUCUAUGAAUCAAUUACGUGGUAACUCGAGUUUCUAUGAGAUUCCUUUAGCGCAUAGUUCCAUGGUCCAAGGCUCGCAUGAUGUUCUUUUGAGGACAAAGGGAUUUAGAAAACCAUUUUUGUCAAGAAGACCAAAUACUACCAUGAAUAGUCAUGCUAGUUUCAAUAGCACUUACAAUGAUAGCGUGACCAAUCAUAGCUUCUCUAUUUUGAACUCCCGAUUCAAUAGGAUUUCCAAACCUAAUGAAAAUAUUAGUGAAAUGCAAAAUCCAAGUAAAACGAGAAAUUUUUCUAAUCUUUCAUUCGCAAAUAACAGUCGCAUUGAAAACUUUAAACGCAAUUCUCCAUUUUCCUUGUUCAAUCUGACUAACGCUACUCAAUUUUCAAAGAAUGGAACGUUCAAAACACCCCUGUUUAUUUCGAAUCACAGUAAUUCAGAGGCUAAAAAACCUGGCAGCACCAAUUUCACCCCACCAUCUAGCCUAAAAGAUGCUGAUGGUAGUAGUUUGCUUGAUUUAAAGAAACUUGUUUCUAGUGUGAAGUCGAAAUAUAGCAGACGAGAUUGA